AUGACAUCCGGUGCAUCUGCCGUAGAAUUGACAAAUGCCACUACCGCUAUCUUUGAUGAUAUCAACAAGAUUCUCACAAAUUAUGACAACACAGGGGGCAGUAAGGUCACCUCUAUGGCCCAGCUGCGUACUCAAGUCGCGUCCAUUUACCAUUACAAGGACCCCGACUUUUUGUUCCACUUCUCUGCUAUUGCCUGUGCUGCCAUUUCCUUGGAUGUUAGAGAGCAUUGGCCUUGCUAUCCCAUCACAACUGUAUGGCCUGAUAACGCUGACCCUCAAGCCAUGCCUCCCAUUGUCCUCAGCAACCGUUUUUCUUUGCCCCCUACCAUUGACGUGUAUGGUACAAUCAAAGGAUAUUUGGAGAGGCCUAUUCCUCCCUCACCUCCUUGGUUCAAGGAUCUCUCAAUGUUUCCUACCAACCUUCCGGCGAAUUUGAACGGACCUCCCCCUCCACCACCCAGGCCAGCACCCUCACAACUACCUUGUGGAGCUCAUUCCAACGAGGAUAGGACUCCCGAAACGAUGGUCCCAGGCCCUUCAGGCCCCUCGUUACUUUGUAGGAUUCAUUUUUCCAAAAGUCCUCAAAUUUUACCAUCUGUCCCUUCCCUCCCAAUCUUUGAGCGGAUCGACAAAGGGAAACGUAGAAGAAUACCUUCUUCUCCCUCCUCUUCUCAUACUUCAUCUUGCCGUCCUUGGCCAGCACCAGCUGCUUCUGGAGCACCGGCAUUUCCAGAAGCACCAUCUUUUUCUGGAAUCCCAGCUCUGGCUGGUCCCAUUGUUUUGGAUAAAGUCAUUUCGGCUCCAUACAUGGAUGACAAUGAGCACCUUGUGCCAGAAGAAUUUUCUCCUGGCUCCUAUCAUGUUAAUCAGAUUGCCUUACUUUAUAAAUCGGACAUCAAACACCAUAUUGCUGCUUUCAACUCCUGUAAAAACAGACCGGCGAAUUGGCAAAAUUCACUUACCAAGGAUUUACUGGACAGGCUUUGUAUCAAUGCUGACGGUGACCUCAAGAACUUCGAGAGUUCUUCUCCCAAAGAAAUUACCGACAACAAUCAUUGGCAGAACCUUCUUGCGGUUCUUGAACAUGCCUACAUUGCCGCCUUCCCCCCUGCAGCCAUCUCAAUCAAAGGCUAUUUUGAUUAUAUCCUCUCUCUUCCAGGAUUAUUUCAAGCUUGCGUACACUGGGAAGAUGUCAGGGAUUGUGAUGCUGAACUUCGCAAAGAAUUUGCUUCAAGACCUAGUCUUGUUUGGGGAGAUUAUGAACACAAGUCCCUCAAAGGUAUUGACAACAGAAUCCUCUACAGCCGUACCAGCAAACUUGGUUGUGCUGCUAUUCCGGCUCCUAAAUACCAAUCCCCACAGCCUAGUCUUUGUCCAGCUUGGCUCGCUAUUGAAGCACCUCCCAAAGCCUCUCAAUCUUCUUCUCAUUCAGCAGCCUCCAAAAAGGCACGAGGAAGACAAGUCAAACCAUUGUACAAAGUCAAACCAUCGAACAAAGUCCGGGAUUUGUCUUCUCUUCCGGUGGCUGACCAACCUUGCAAUAACUGGAAUGCUCGUGUGUGUCCCUACGGCGACAAUGACUGCGACCGAGUACACGGGGUAUGCAACAAAGAUGGCUGCUUUGAAUCUCAUCAAGGAACAGCAGUUAACUCUUCUAUCAACGCUGAUCCCCUCCCUGCUGCUCCUCCUCUAUCAUCUGACCCUCUUGCGGCUUAUGCCAUUAAAAGACGUCCUGAUAUUUUCAAAAUUAACUGUUCAAUCUAUUUAAAAAAUUUAAAAUUUUUACUUAAAAAUCACCCCAACAAACCAUUUGUCAAUUCAAUUAUCUUAGGCUUGACUGAUGGUUUUUGGCCUAUUUCUUCAAAACCUUCUGAAGAGACUGUAUUUAACCCCAAUCACGCCUCAGGGCCCAAAGCUGAAGAAGUCCUCUUCAAGACUCGAGACAAAGAACUUAAAUUAAAUAGGUUCUCUCCUCCCUUUUUUACCCUCUUGCCAGGCAUGAAAGUGUCUCCACUUUGUCUGGCAACCAACCCUUCUUCCGGAAAAGUCAGGAUGUGUACCAAUAUGUCUUUUGGUUGUCCUUCCCUCAAUGACUUGAUUAAAAAAGAAGAUAUGAAAAUUGACCUUGACGGAAUUCCUUACUUCAUCCCCUUCCUCUUGUAUCACUACUUUGGCAAAAACAAGUUUAUCUUAUGGAAGUCCGAUGUUGAUGCCGCUUUCCGCAACUUACCAGUUUUGAGACAGUGGCAAUUCCGCCAAAUUGUCAAGAUUGGCAACUCUUUUCACGCAGACCAAAACGUUAAUUUUGGUUGUUCAAGCUUGCCGAAACUCUGGUGUGCUUUCUUUUCACUCAUCUUGUGGAUAGCAUACUACGAGUUCAACAUCACCAACCUCAAUGCCUACAUGGACAAUUCCUGGGGUAUUGGUUUAGAAUUGGACAUGGUCUCUUUUAAAGGCAAGACAAUCCAUCUGAACCAAGCUCAGUUUUUGCCAAUUUUUGAUUUCAUCAACCUCCCCUGGGCCUGGGAAAAACAAGUUUUUGGAAGCACUCUGGACAUCAUUGGCUAUUCAGUCGACUGUUUAGAACUCUCAAUUUCUCUCCCAGAAGGAAAAUGA